UUACGUACCAAAGUGGAUCACACGUGCCUACUGCCACGUGCAUGCAUCACUCAACGGCGCGAAUAGACUCAGAUGUGGACAUGAACCCGGAGGAGGACAUGGACAUAAAAGACCAACUGGAGGAGCUGGCCUUUGAACCUGUGGCUCAGCUCACUAAUGAAUUGCAAGAUAUUUUCAGUGUUGACCCUGUUGAACUUAAAAAGGAAGAGGGCCCACAAGACGUUAAACAAAGGGCAUUGAAAGAACAAUGGUUGACUUUGAAAAAGGAAACAUUAAUGAAAGAAAAAAAGAGGCAUGAUGUUGCUUUUCAAACAGAGAAGGCUAAGCUUGAGAUGACCAAAGAGGCAUACAAAGCACAGAUUAAAGCAAUAAAAAGAGUAACUGAUGCAGAAGAGUGUCAACUAUUUUUGCUUCACAAACAACUUGAAGUCAGCCAGAGAUGCCAUGAGAGUUACCUCAAUGAAAACAAGAAAAGGGCUGAAAAUGCUUUAUUUGGGAUUCAAAAGGCAAGGGAUACAGAGCUAGCGUUGGAUGAGCUGAGUGAGGCUUUGAUUGAAGAAAGAAAGAGCAUUGAGAGAGAUAUUGAGCGCAUUGAUGGUGUUCUGAGUCUGUAUACUCACUGCAAAGAGGUUCUAUAUAAAGUGUCUGUAGUCAAAUGGCAGGAGACGCAGACAACAAAACAGACAAGUGGAGUCAAAGAUGAUAAUUCCCUUGCACUUUUCAUGUCCGCACCAGAGUACCUAUUGGACAUAAAAACAGUGAUGACAGAGCAGAAUCUCUCUCUGAUUCGAAACGCUCACAAAGUGGACGAGACACUGGCGGAGCUCAACCAGGCCAUUGUAAACAUUUUAGCCAAGACGAAGGAGGCUGAUGAAAAACAAAAAGUGCAGAUUCUUGACUUGACAAAGAGAGUUGAUGCAAUAAAGUCAAGUACAGCAAAGCUAAAACAGAGAGUAAUUUUGUAUGACUCAAUUAAAACAGCCAAUGAGGACAUAAUGUUGGAUGCUUUGGCAGACCAGGUGUCUAAGAAGUACACUCAGUGCAUGGACAAGUGGGCACAGUGCCUUUUGACCACCCUGGAGAAGGUAGCCAACAUCGAGAGGCGAGUGGUCACCCUCUUGGAUCAGCUGGAGAGCAUCCCUGAUGAUUUUGUGGAAACAAUGUUGAAAAUUAAGGAAAGUGAGAAGAGAAUCAGACAACAAGAAGAGCAGCUUCGACUAGAAAGACAAAAACAAGAGGAAAGAGUCAAGAAGUGCAUGGACAGAACUUUCAAGGAUCCUCCCAAAAAACUGGGAAGGAAGCUUAUGCCUCGCUGUAUUCCUGUUGAUAGUCAUGCCAUAGAAGAAGUACAUGUAGAGUCUGAGGAGGAUGAGCAAGAGGUCUUUCUGUUUGGACCCAAGAACACUGAAUAAAGUCAGUUUAAUGAGACUAAUUCAUCCAUCGUGUACAGUUUACUUUUAAAAUAUUUUCAUCAAAUUGAUUUAUGAAGAAGCUUAAAUGACUGAACACGUCUUCAAAUACUCAUGUAUUGGGAAACAACACCUAUUUGGGGACAGAGUGGAGACACUCUAGCUUGGUCCUUUGCAUAAAAACGUAAUAAUUAUAAUAACUGUAUGGAUAAAUUAUGUAAUUAAUAAAACUAAAAGGCAGCAAAAGAUUAUCUCAAAUUUUAAUUUAGUUGUGAAUUACCAUAGCUUUUCUAUUGAACGUGCUGGAAAUCCACACACCUAAUUGCCCAUUUAUUAAAAAGAGCCUUUGUUGACAGGUUCCAGGGACAAGUUUUAUUGUAACCCUACAAAAAACACAAGGUGAGAAAAAUACAAAUCAAAUAUAAUGCAAAAAGGUUCUCUUCUCAUACAAGUUUAUCAUACAUGAUACAAG